UCACCUCUCCUCUCCUCUCAGUCUCCCGCUCUCUCUCCUCUCCUCUCUCUCUCUCUCUCUCUCACACUGACGACGGCGAGGGCGGGAGCGGCGCGGCGCGCUCGGGAGGGGCCGGUCGACGUCUGCAGCGGCCACGGCGGCGGGCUCGACGGCCGGCGCCCUCCUCUUCCCAGAUCCAGCGGCGGCGCGCUUGGGAGGGGCCGGGAGCGGCCACGGCGGGCGGCGGGAGCGGCGCGGCAGUCCGCUCAAUCCCUCAUCUUCUUCUGUCCUCACCGCCUCCACUUUCUGCUUCGCCUCAUCCAGUCCGCUUCCUCCCCACAUGUCGUUUCCUCUUUCCCAUGGACUGCGUCGGAGAAAUUGCCGAACGUGAAGAGUUUGGGUAGCUCAAUGGGUGGGGAGCAUCGCGGCAGCGGCGGGAGCCCCCGAUCCGUCGAGAUCCGGCGCGGGGAGAGGGUGUGGGACGCGAGUACACCGGCGACGAUGGAGGCCGUCGAGGAGCUCACGCAGCUGUCGGAGUCGAUGCGCCAGGUGGCGUCGCUGCUGGCCGACGACGACCCCUGUGACGACUCCACCCCACGCCGCCUCUCCACCUUCGUCAAUGCCGUCGCGCUCGGCAACGUCGGGGCGGGCAAGAUGGCCGUGCUGAACAGCCUCAUCGGCCACCCCAUGCUGGUGAGCUCGUACUAAUGGCCACCACCUUGCCCUUCUCCGCUCACAGCCGCGCACCCACCCACUGUAGCACACGGGGUGUAGGGAGCAGGUGAUAGGCGAGGCGAGCAACCUCCUCCAUGGCGCCGCCCCAGUGCCGAUGAGCAGCGUCCUCCCUGCUGUUCGAGGUAUUUUUCUACUGCUUAAUCCGGAUUUGCCUUGGUGGCACUGUUGGUUGCAUCUUGGAGGGAGGGUCUGGUCACAAAAUUGGUUCUUGGGGAUUUUGCAUGCAUGCAGUGCUGAUGAGAUGGAUGUGGCUGGAUGUUGUUGGUGUGCGGUUGCUCCUAUGCGGGAAGAGCUGCCAGCUGCAGUGGAUGAAAAAUCCAUUUCGCUUAUCGUUCACAAGAAUUAACAAUGCUUAUCCCUAUAGGUUGGUUGCAAUGUUAUGAAUGAAAUAGCCAAAUCAGCUUUAAAGUCUGACUACAACAACUUGUAAAAAACUUAUUUUAUUACUUCCUUAAGGAAUAUUUCAUUGCAAUAUGAUGCUUUGCAGAAUAUCCGUGCAAUUUUCGGCUUGCUAAAUGGUGAAACAAUUAGAUGACCAGAAAGAGGCAGCAAGGAAGAAUGAAGAAGAAACUGAGAAGCUGAGGCAGCAAGGAAGUGAAAUCCAAAGCUUCGUUCGCUCCUUGAUUGGCAGCAAGUUUGCAUCAUCAGAUGCUCAGCAGUAAGCUCUCAUACUCAAUUAGGUUCCAGAUGAUAUUUUGGUGACACUGAACUUGCGACCAUUGUGAUUGUGAGAUGUUAUUUUGGUGCUGUUGUGCUUCUGGCCGUUGUGCUGUUGCUAUUGUGCUUUUGGUCAUUGCGAUGCUGCUGCUGUGAAGCUAUUGCAGAUGUGCUGCUGUUGCUCUCGAUGUAGGAGGAAGAUGAAAUUUGAGACUUUGGAUAUGUAUUGAAUUAGUGGAUGGAUAUACUGAUAUUGCAUUUUCAGACUUGUGGAAUGUGAAAUGCAUAUGACAUUGCAAUCAUUUGUGGAAUGUUAAUUCAUUUGAAUCUGAUUUUGUAUGUGC